UUAAAUGUGUUUCAAACUCUGUCCUUUCCCUCUCCGUUGCCUUCAAAUGAUGAAGCAAAUCUGUAAAUGUUAUUUCUCGUCGCUGAAUUCACGUAAUCAUGAACCGAGAAAAAGAACUGUGUCUGAUUUUUCUUUAAUCGACUGAAACAUUCUUCGCUUUUCCUACCUUGUUAAGCUCAUAAUUUAAUAAAACGUUUUUGGUUUCCUUACAGAACCUUCGAUAUUACAUUGCAACGAGCGAUCAUCGUUAAGAUUAUACUGUCCACCGAGUUACAUCGUCAUCGAAACAGAUCCUUCUACUAAACGGCCAAAAAGUGGACGAUCGUCUAUAGGAUUGUUCAUACAUUCCACCCUCGUUCCAGUACCAACGUCAUAUAAAGAGGUAAAUAAAUAUUAUGUUUAUCAUACUCGUUAUCGUUAAAGCACAACUUUCUAUUUAUGAUGAUUUCACCCAGCUCUCUCUCAUACACACAUGCAGAAAACUGGUUCCAUAAUAACCUACGCUAUUGAUAAUUAUUCUACUGAUUUCAACGCCAAUAAGACGUUGUUAUUGGAUUUGAUAAAUCGAACAGCAAAGAGUAUAAUUGUGUCAUUUUUGUUUAAUUUUGCAGAUUCUAGCUACUCUGCUGGCUGGAUAAACACUGCAACAAAGAUUCUACUCUUGGUGUGCUACACUGCUGGCUGGAUAAACACUGUAACAAAGCAAAGGUACGUAGUGAUUGGAGCGAUAAAUUUAAAAUACAUUUAGUUCUAUUUCAAAUGAUGAUUUCACCCAGCUCUCUCUCAUACACACAUGCAGAAAACUGGUUCCAUAAUAACCUACGCUAUUGAUAAUUAUUUUACUGAGUCUUUGUUGAACCGUAAAGCAACGCUUUGUUAAUUUUAAAAAGCUAAUUUUAAUUUAUAAUUAUGUUCAUUUGUUUUGCAGAUUUCCUAUUCCAAUAAUGUGCAAACAAUGAUGAAUGCAUGCAGAUGAAACGGCCAAAAAAGGAAUAAUUACGAUGAUAGCAUUCUUGAGAGGUAAGAAAACUAGUAUUUCCCCAAAUAAUACUCAAAAUGUUAAUGUGUGCCCUCUUUUAUGAUGAUAUCACUCAGCUCUCUCGAUACAAAUCUGAAGAAAGCUAGUUCCAUAAUUUCCUACGCAAAAAAUACAAAAAUUAUCAACUGAUUUGCUGCAAAUUGAAUAGAGGAAAGGCCUGUGGCAUUUGCGUGAAUGUGCCACUUACUCAUGAUUGUUUUCUUUUUCGUUUCAGAUGAAUAACUCAAACUACCUUAAUUGGGAAUUGAUUAUGAUUGAUGACAUCAAGAUCAAAUUCAUCCUCUAACAAAAUGGCAAGAUGAAAUCGUUCUACAUUUUUCGAUGUUCAUAAUUUCCAAAGAACUCAUUUUACAUCACACUCGCUCUGCGGGCUGGUACGGUGUGUCAUCCUUCAAAUGGGCUUAAAUGUACUUGAGAUACCAGUUUUCCUUAAGACAACAUUUAAUGUACACCCAUCAUAUUCAAACGAUGUUCGCGCUGCUAGUUGGUACGGUAUCUCGGUCAGGUAAGUCUCGGGUAUGUAUGGGGCAAUAGCAGCUGCAGCAAAAGUAAACAGAACUCUAUUCAAAAUAAACAAACGAGUGCAAAGACAAUAAACGGAUAUGGUUGUAUGGUUGCAUUUUUAAAAAGCAUAUCACAGAAAUGUUAAGCCUAACAAUGAGUGGCUAAAGCGCAAUAAUCAAUAUUGAGAAAUCGCUUUACUAAUGUGCUUUUGCGUUCUGAAGCGUUAAUCGUUGAGCUGGCAAAGAGACUAAAGAAGGAGGUAAAUGUGUGUGGGGAGAGUUAGUUAAACCUACAUUUAAAUUAUUAAAUAGCAUCAGCUCUUUAUCAUUUUUUUGUAAAUGGAAGGGAUUUGCUUGUGCUGUAUAUAAAGAAGACUUCAUUCCCCCGUGAUCACAAAGUGUCAAGUGAUAUUGUGCAAGUGUUUUCAAUGGAAAAUCAAAAUUCUACUCACUCACUACUUAACCAAAGCAUCAUCGCUUCGGAUGAUAUUGUGGGGCUUAAUUCGCUGGUCAAUUAUCUUGUGAUGACGUAUUUUGCUCAUUUUUUCGGAAUUUGUUUAAUAACAGCACGGAACGAUAGUUUUUAUCAUACUGCUCCGCUCCCAACGAUCGUGCUAGAGAUUCAGGAUAACGAUGACUUCGAAAAGGCUCUCGGUGUUGCGGUUGAUAUGGGAUGUCAGUCAUUUAUUGUAACAGAACGCGCGGCAGGCGCUUUUUUCGACGCCUUCCUUCCGGUGCACGAAGCAGCACUGCAGCGCUCGAUGGAAAAAAGAGUUCUCAUGCUGCUUGAAAGCAGUGACUCUCCGUUUCUCUCUACCAUAAGCCAGCUGCUUGUCGUGGAGGAAAUUCCAGAAAUUUUAAUUGUAUUGCCUAAACCUACCGUCCAAGCAUCCGGUACUGUCCAGCUGUACACGCUGGACAUUUCCGAUGGCAAUCCUGUAACUAUCAAUCCACGGGUGAUCGAUGUGAUCGACACUCGAAAUGACUCGUUUCCUAACACCAGGAGCGUCAAUCACUUCCCGGACAAGUUUGCGAACAUGAACAAGCGGCGCCUAAGGCUUGGAACCGUACCGUACCUACCGAACGCUUUCAUAGAGGAUAAACCCCUUGGAGAGGGAAAUGCACGAUACAUCUUGCCGGCGAAACCGAACGUAUCGGCAAUGAUCAGCGGCACGGAGCUGUGGUUGGUGGUGCUGUUCUGUGAAAUAGCCAACUGUACGACGGAAAUCAUGAUCGCUUCGGAGUGGGGCAACGUGCUAGACAACGGUACCAAGUUUGGGCUGCUUGGUGCGCCGGCCAAACGGGAGGUGGACAUAACUCUCGCCGGACUGUACACGUGGUACUCCAGCUUCCAGCAUCUUGCCUUCAGUGCGGUCCAUUCGCGCUCCGGCUGCACCUGUAUCGUGGCAAAGCCACGCAUCAUUGCGAACUGGCGCACACCGUUCCUGUCCUUUACCGGUUCGCUGUGGGGUGCGGUCCUGGCCGCCUUCGUUGCCGGUGCGUUCGCCGUGCUGGUCAUGUCGCGCAGCCGGCAGCGCAUCCUGCAGCUGGGCGAAGCCACGCGAUACACCUUCAGCGAUUCGGUGCUGAUCAUGAUCGGGUUCGUCAUGGAGCAGGGCGUACCGAUGCCGAACGAGCUGAUAGCGUCCUGCCUGCUCUUUGCCACGCUCAUGUUCGCCGGGUUCAUGAUCGGCAGCAGCUACAAUGGUGGUCUGGCCAGCACCAUGAUCGUGCCGCAGUACGAGAAAAGCAUCAACACGGUGCACGAUCUGGCGGAGACGCGCACGACCUGGGUAGGUGUGACCGUCAACUGGCUGUUCUCCAUCCAGCUGGCCUACCAGCCGGACAUGCUGACGCUGCUGACAACGUUCCGCGAGUGGGAGGAGGGAGAGAUUUCGCGCCGCGCGCACGAACGCACGGUGGCGAUCAUCGUCGAGCGGAUGGAGUACGGCCACGUGGCCCACCCGCAGAUGGAGCUGGACGCGAUGAAGGGCCGCAAAAUGAUGGCGGAAGACAUCUACUGGGAGUCGGUGGUUGGGAUGUGCUCGAAAACGUGGCCGGCGCGGGCCCGGUUCGAUCGGCUGGUGCUGGAUCUGAAGGCGUUCGGCAUACUGGCCCACUGGGAGCUGAUCGGGGUGGCCAGGUAUUUGAGCUUCAAGUCGCAACAAAUCUUACGCUACUCGCGCGAAACCGGCGGCGACGAGUUUACGCCGCUGCGUAUGGCCAACAUUACGGGCGCGCUGCUCAUCCUGCUCGCCGGGCUAUCGCUGUCGCUGGUCGUGUUUGUGGCGGAACUCGCGUGGUACUGGUGCGGGCCAAGAAUCAAGCGAUGCGUGGCCGACUGUCUAAUUAAGUGUAGCAUGCGUUUUGUCAGAAACAGGGCCAGACCAACGGGCAGAGAAGUGUGAAAUGGGAUGGUACAUUCAAAUUGUAAGCUACAGCACUUGAAAGCAGACAAACCAAGACAAAUUGAAUUAUUUCAAGCUUUAUUCUCGCACUCAUUGUAGUCGUGGUAGAAGCACA